AUGUCAGUUCCAACUGUAGCAAAUGCAGCUGGUGCAGGUAUCACUCCCGGAAUGGGAGAGCCCACACCCGUUCAAACAAAUGGCCAGCCUUCUCCUUUGGUGAUGAAUGUCGCCAACUACUUAAGAGACAACAAGCAGCUAAAACGCAGAACAGGCUUGUUGAAUAACAAGGACGACAUUGAGUUUUUCAGGUAUAAGAGGUAUGUUCGUGCUUUGUUGAGUGACGAGUAUAAGAAGAAGCUGGCGAACCCUAAAAACGAAUUGAUUCCAGUGAACAGCGCUGAAGACGCAGGGAAGAUCUUUAUUCAGUUGAUCACAGGAAGACUUCUUUUACCUGUGGAGAAAUUGCAUUACAAGGAUAUUAAGGCCGUCAAGGGCUGGAAACCAAACAGACAGAAGCCCACGUUGAGACCCACGCAGAAGGCGUCGUUGGACCCCGAUGCGUACUACGCGUGGAUAUACCAGAAACCAAACCCAUACUUGGUGUUGUAUGGUUUGCUAAUGCUUGUGGCUGUCUUCGCUAUAAUUUUGUUCCCCUUGUGGCCGGCGUUCUUAAGACGCGGUGUGUGGUACUUGUCUAUGGGCGUAUUGGGUCUAUUAGGAUUGUUAUUCGCGACCGCCAUUGUUCGUUUGAUUGUAUUUGUGAUCACAUGGGCUGUUUUGCCUCAAGCGUUCUGGAUUUUCCCCAACUUGUUUGAGGACUGUGGCUUCUUUGAGAGUUUCCAGCCUGCCUACGGUUGGGCAGAGCCAGCAGGUGCAAAGAAGAAGAAGAAGAGCAAGAAGUCGAAGAAGUUGAAUGACCUCAGUGAGAAGCUAGCAGCUGCAGUGGACGCUGAGGCCGCCAAAAAUGGAGGCGACAAGAAUACCUCAUCUGCUGAGGCCACGGGUGCUAAAGCCUCCACCACGCAACCUAAGAAGAGAGCGGUCAUUUUGGAAGAAGUUGAGGACAACUGA